CGCGGCCGCACAGCCCCGGUGCCCUUAAAAGAGGGAAGAUGGCGUCUUGCCCGGUGCUGCCGGGACCGGCUCCCGGAGGCGCUGUGCACCUAAGAGCCGAGGAAAUGCUUCGUAACGGGACGCCCAGAAAGUCCGGAACAGGAACGUGCACCCGGAGCGGCGCGCUGCCGCCCGCCCACACCUGCCCAUGCGCCCUGCACAGGUGCGCCCCGGACUGGUCGCGGGGACUAGAGCCCGGCUGGGGCGAGCGACCUUGUUAGAGGAGAAAUGUCUGGAGUAAGACCCGUCUCCAGAGACAUCUUGAUGGAGACCCUCCUGUAUGAGCAGCUCCUGGAACCCCUAACCAUGGAGGUUCUUGGUGUGACUGACCCUGAAGAGGACCUGGACCCUAUGGAGGACUUCGAUCCUUUGGAGUGUAUGGAGGACAGUGACAUGUUGGCCCUGCGGCUGGCCUGCAUCGGGGAUGAGAUGGACGUGAGCCUCAGGGCCCCGCGCCUGGCCCAGCUCUCUGAGGUGGCCAUGCACAGCCUAGGUCUGGCUUUCAUCUACGACCAGACCGACGACAUCAGGGAUGUUCUUACAAGUUUCAUGGACGGCUUCACCACCCUUAAGGAGAACAUAAUGAGGUUCUGGAGAUCCCUGAAUCCCGGGUCCCAGGUGUCCCGCGAACAGGUGCUGCUGGCGCUGCUGCUGCUGCUGGCGGCGCUGCUCAGCGGGGGCCUGCACCUGCUGCUCAAGUGAGGCCCCAGCGGCUCAGGGCGGGGCUGGCCCCACCCCUGUGACCACUGCCCUGGAGGUGGCGGCCUGCUGCUGUUGUCUUUUUAACUGUUUUCUCAUGAUGCCUUUUUAUAUUUAAACUCUGAGAUAGUGCUGGAACACUGCUGAGGUUUUAUACUCAGGUUUUUUCUUUUUUUAAUUCCAGUUUUCGUUUUUUCUAAGAGAUGAAUUCCUAUGGCUCCGAACUUGUACCGGUUAACUGUGGCUUGUGCUCAGGAAGAGCCAUUCACUCCUGCCCCUGCCUACAAGGCAGGUAGCAGGGGGAGUGCUGGUCACACCCCUGUGUGAUGUGUGAUGCCCUUGGCAAAGAAUCUACUGGAAUAGAUUCCAAGGAGCAGGAGUGCUCAAUAAAAUGUUGGUUUCCAGCA